GAUGCCAUUCCUUCAACGAUUUACUAAUGGCCAACCUAGUUUCAUUCGUUUCUCACAUCACAAAAGCAUCAAAGUAAUCAGACUUGGAUACAAUCAAUACUGUCGGCAACCACAUUCUGCGGCCCGUUGUCUGACAACAAAAUCCUCAAAGUCCUUUACGCGUACACAUCCUUCUGCUCAAAAUCAACAUGAACACCAUCAACAACGCCCGGGCUUCUUUACCCCUUUUUUUAGCCGGCACAAUGACAAGGAACAUGCCAAGUUUAUUCGGAGUACAGCAAACGAUGCUUCUAGUCUGCCAAAUGAACCCACACGUACAAAGAUGCUUGUCCGAGAUUUCAUUGACAAUUCAUUGCACCAUCCAAACUAUGGAUAUUUCUCAAAACAGGCUGCUCUUUUCUCUCCAGAAGUGAACUUUGAUUUCCUUUCAAUGCGCGAUCACCGAGAAUUUAUGAAUAUCCUUGGAAAGAUGUACAUAAGGAUGGAAAACGAACCUGAUGAGGUGAAUGGAAUAAGAUCCAGGCAGGUGUGGCACUCUCCUACUGAAUUAUUCAAGCCGUGGUAUGGUCAUGCUAUUGCAAAAUACAUGGUGUCCGAGUACAAGCUUAAUCUGUACCCUCAUAAGGACCUCAUUAUUUACGAAAUCGGCGCAGGUAAUGGCACUCUGAUGAUGAACAUACUAGACUACAUAAAGGAGCACGAACCAUCUGUCUACAAACGCACGCAGUACAAUAUUAUCGAGACAUCCACCAAGCUUGCCCAAAUACAGUCCGAGAGACAGGAUAUCCAAGAAGCGAAAGACAAGCACGCGUGUGUAAAGAUUAGUAACAAGAGUAUCUUUGACUGGGAUACAUAUGUUCCUGAACAGUGUUUCUUUUUAGGAAUGGAAGUUAUUGACAACUUUGCUCAUGAUUUGAUCCGGUAUGAUCUGGAGACUAUGGAGCCUUUCCAAGCAUUGGUUAGCAUUGACGACCAAGGGGAUUAUACUGAAAUGUACGAGCCGGUCGGAAACGACCCUGUUAUUGCCCAGUAUCUUGGGAUGCGCAAGCAAACCCACUACCGUAGCCCGGUACUGUCUAGCCGGGUAUGGCACAGGUUCUUAGGAUCUUUGCCGAUUGCACCCAACAUGACUGCACCCGAGUAUAUCCCAACAAAGCUGUUUUUAUUUCUUGACAUCUUGAAACAAUACUUUCCUCACCACCGUCUUGUUUUGUCCGAUUUUGCGUCUGUUCCGGACCCAAUCGAAGGUGUUGACGGUCCAGCUGUGCAGACCAAAUACCGCGGCUCGACCGUUCCCUGUUCGACCUACUUGGUCCAGCCAGGCUGGUUUGACAUCUUUUUUCCGACCAAUUUCGAAUUGUUGCGAGAAAUCUAUCUCUUGGUCUGCCGUGGAUCCAGGGCAGGGAAUCAAAAGAGUGUAAGAAUCCUGACACACCGCAACUUUUGUGAGAGAUACGGAGAGAUUGAAAUGACUACGACCAGAAGUGGAGAGAAUCCAAUGUUGAUGUAUCAUAGAAACAUGAAAAUGUUAUUAACUUGAUUACUUUGUCGAUCAAAUAAUUAAUCAAAAAAUCAAUAAAACAUUAAGAGUGUUAAUAAU